ACCGACCCCCGCCCCCGGUACCGGGAUGGAGGCGGCGGCCGCGACGGCGGCCCCGGGCUGGCGCUGCCGGCCGGGGGGACGGCUGGACAUGAGCCACGGCUUCGUGCGGCACAUCCGCCGCAACCAGCUCGCCAGGGACGCGUACGACCGCGCGGUGCGGCAGGCGCGGGGCCGAGCGCGGACGCGGCUGACCCCGGCCCCGGCGCGGCCCCGGCGGCCCGACCAGCAGGUGUACCGGCCCCACCGGGGCAGCGGUGCCGCAGGGGGGCCCGGGGCCGACGGCAGCGCGGGGCCCCAGCCCGAGACCCGCGGGGCCCCCCCGGAGCCCGGCCGCGGGCCGCGCCUCUUCUGCCUCGAGUACGAGGGGGACGACGGGCGGGUCACGGCGGUCAUCGUGCACCAGGGUGACAGCGCCGAGGAGGUGACACGCCGGGUGUGCGCCCGGAGCCCGCUGGAGCCCCCCCUGCGCAGGGCCCUGUGCCAGCGCGUGCAGGACGAGCUCAGCAAGCGCCGGGGCACCGGCUGACGCUGCCACUGCCACCCCCGUGGGACCGGUGCCAUCCCCCCCGUGUCAAUAAAGGUGCUGCGAGGC